UGCGCAGUCAAUCGGUUGUAACUCGAAGUAUUCAAUAAUCUGGGAAGCUGUUUGCACUGGACAUCUCACAGGACAACGAAAGGAAAACCACUGUGUUGUUUUCUAGAACAGGGGGCGUCUUUUUCAGCAAGAUACAGUGACAGAGCCUGACUGACGAGCAGCGAUGAGCUUCUUUGGUUUUGGUCAAAGUGCCGACAUCGAUAUAGUUCUUAAUGACGCCGAAACAAGAAAGAAAACUGAACAUAAAAGCGAAGACGGCAAGAAGGACAAAUAUUUCCUCUUCUACGACGGGGAAACGGUGUCAGGGAAAGUCAACGUUACGCUAAAGUACCCGGGAAAGAGGCUGGAGCACAACGGCAUCAAGAUUGAGUUUAUCGGCCAGAUAGAGCUGUACUAUGACAGAGGAAACCACCAUGAGUUUGUGUCCCUUGUGAAAGAUUUGGCUCGUCCAGGAGAGCUCACACAGUCACAGACGUUUGACUUUGAGUUCACUCAUGUGGAGAAACCCUACGAGUCUUACACCGGUCAGAACGUUAAACUACGCUACUUUCUGAGGGCGACAGUAGGUCGACGACUGAAUGACAUCAGUAAAGAGCUGGACAUUGUGGUUCACACACUCAGCACCUACCCUGAGCUCAAUUCCUCCAUCAAGAUGGAAGUGGGGAUCGAAGACUGUCUACACAUAGAGUUUGAAUACAACAAAUCCAAGUAUCACCUAAAAGAUGUGAUUGUAGGGAAGAUUUACUUUCUGCUGGUGAGGAUUAAGAUCAAACAUAUGGAGAUCGACAUAAUUAAACGCGAGACUACUGGCACAGGUCCAAAUGUCUACCACGAGAACGACACCGUGGCAAAGUAUGAAAUCAUGGAUGGUGCACCAGUCAGAGGAGAGUCCAUCCCCAUCAGGCUGUUUCUGGCAGGCUAUGAGAUGACGCCCACCAUGAGGGACAUUAACAAGAAGUUCUCUGUGCGGUACUACCUCAACUUGGUUCUUAUCGAUGAGGAGGAAAGACGCUAUUUCAAACAGCAGGAGAUCACAUUGUGGAGGAAAGGUGACAUAGUGAGGAAGAGUAUGUCUCAUCAAGCGGCCAUCGCCUCGCAGCGCUUCGAUCCAGAGAGGUCCCAGACCCAGAGCAAUGAAGAAGACAGCUAAAGCCCCGCUCGUACUUCACCUUGGCGUAGUGAGUGACUGAGCGAACACAGUGCAGAAAUUGUCAGCAACUUCUGUGAAUAUCAUUUGUUUGCAUCGAGAUAGAAUGUGCUGCAGUGUUUUUUUUCAGGAUGUGUGUGUGUGUGUGUGUGUGUGUCAAGGGAACAAACAGUCAGACCAGGCUCCGACUGUAGUUGCAAGUAAUAUUUGUUUGUUUUAAUCACCUUGAAGUACCAGCUGGGUGGAGUUUAUCACAUUAAGGGUGAUUUCUCUCUCACAAAGAACUGCACAAAAUUGACUGAAAGGGGAAUAUUUUGGUAUGUAAAUGAUUCAUAUUUACCAAAAGUUUUGGAAUUGGCCUCAGCUAGAAGUUAGUGAAAUGACUGCAAUGUAAGAAAAGGAUCCCUACAGAUUUUUAAUUUUUUUUUUUGUGGUUCCUGUAGUCGAUGCCAGUUGACAGUGUGUGAGAGACGGGGUACACCCUGGACUGGUCGUCAGUCAGUUGCAGGGCUGACAGAGUUUGGAGUUAACCGAGAAAAUCACGGCUCAGUUAAUGAGUUAAACCAAAAUCAUGGCUGAACACUGAGCUGAUGGAAACAUGAGGAAACCACAACUCACUUCUGUGUGACUUGUGUUUCUGCUUAGAGAAAAAGGACUUAACAAAAAGGUCUCUUUCUGCAGGGAUCCUUUCUGUAAUGUUGUCUCUUAAGGUGACAAUUUCAGCGUGAGUGCCAAAAAACACUUUUAGUGGCCGGAGUUGCCCCAAAGGAUUAUGUUGCAGCUUCUGUAGCUUGGACCUGAUCCUGAAAAUCCUACGAAGUGUGAGUCAUUUACACACCAAAAUGUGUCAACAUGGGGCCUAGGUUUAAAAUCCCAGAAUUCCCCUUUAAGUGCUUGACCUAUUUGUUUUGUUUUUUUUAAUUUUGUACAGUCCAGUGUGGUAAACCUCACAUUAGAUGCAUUUAAAUAUCAUUUGCAAAUACUGUUUGACCAAUAUCUUGAAUUGAUGCACGUGUAUGAAUGUACCGAAUGUGGCAAAUACACCUCAGGUGUAUUUCUAACAUGACUUUUCCUUCAGACUUCUUACUUGACUGGAAGACUGCGCUGUGUGUGUGUGUGUGUGUGUGUAAUCAUACAGCAGGUUUCUAAAAAGUGGGUGAACAACAGAUCUUGCAGAUCUCUUUCUGUAUGUCUGAUCUAAGGGAUGUGACUUUGAUUCAUUAACUUUUUAUUAUUUUGCUGCCAUGGUUCCCGCUGAGAAACAGCCCCUAAAUUAAAUUUCUUUUUUUUUCUUUCUUUAAUUUAAAAACAAUUGUGUGCACUUUUUGCCUCUUCAUUAAGCAAAAAAUAGUGACUCUUAGAUAAUAAACAGAAGUAUAAGAUUAAAAAAAAAUAAAUGGAAGAAAAUACAUUUAAAUAUUUGUAGAAGACAAUGCUUAAAAUAUUUUCAUACAUUCCAAGGCUCUCAUCAGAAAUAGGCAUGAUUGUAAAGUAUUUAUUUUUUGAGAUAAUUCCAUUUUUAACUAACCUUUUACAUGUUUUUUUUUGCAUCAGUUGGUUGUGACUCAGUGUCAGGUGUUGCCACUGCUGCUAAAACAAACGUGGCACUUGUGAGCGCUGUGUGAUUUUUACAUCCAUCAUUGUCCCAGUCUCUAAUGGUUUGAAGCCCUGCUUUCUUAUUUGCACUAUAAUCUUUCUGUGCUUUUAUCCUGGUCUCAGUGCUGUGCUAUGAACUCUGGCCUCGGGACAGGGUUCAGGAGGACAGUGAAAGGCAGGCUCUACCCCGGGCAUCACUUCAAGUAUAGACAGUAUUACACCUGUAUUUAGUGACAGUUGAUGCGGAGUCCUGCUUCCUAAUAGGCUGCUGGCGCUGAUUUAUUGCCAAAAUAUUUCACUGCAAUCCAAGAGAAGAGUUUCCACAGUGUGUACAGCUAAGCCAUUUCUUCCCAUUUACACUGUGCUCAUCAGUUUAUCAUUACAGUCACUUUUCAGAAAUGGGUUUUCGUGUAAAGGUGGUUUCUUUUGUUAUUGUGAGAUAAUGGAUGUAUAAGAAAAGCUACUCAAACAAAAUUAAGAUUUUUUUUUUUCUUGCUUCAGGUCAGUGAGUUCCUGUGCCAUUACUUGUUUCUAUUUUAUUCCCUUUUUUUUAAAGUAUAUUUUCUCCAUCCUGAAAAAAGAGCACACACGCGAGUACACAGUGUGAAGUGCUGAAACUGCAGCCCAGCACUCUGCCUGUCCGUACAUUGCCCUAGCCUGCAACUGUUUGACAAGCUUACGCUGUGCAACUUGUGCACAGUCUAUCACUGUGCAUCAUAUUAAGGGUUUAGACAUGUUUGUAUUUUGUACUUUUCCUGACCAUAAGCUCAGUUUUUAAUAUGCUGUUGUUGUGCUAAAGCAACAUGUCCGCUGUCAUCAGACUGCUGUUCGGGUAACUGCUAAAAUACAGGACGCACUGGCAUGAUGUGUUGAUCACAGCCGAGAAGAAAAUGAUUUCUUACUGAUUUCUGUUGACAGUUUUCGUUCUUUAAAGAUCCUCUUUCUGCAUGUUACUGAUGACAGUAGAAAUGGCUUCCUUAUGAACUGAACUGUGAUUCUUAUUAAGGGACUGUACUAAAAUUCUUUAGGUGAGGGGGUAGGGGGGUGUGGUGAACCUCAAGUCUGACUUAAAUAAAUAAAAAGACCUUCCCUUUGGAAAAAAAAAAAAUCGAAACUCUUUUCUUCUAAUUUCACCACUCGGCCUUGAUUUAGAGCGGAUCAGUCUUUUUCACACAGACCAAAUCGCACAUUAGGAGUGGAAAAUUUAUGCCUAAUGAAUAGUAGAUCCUAUUUUUGAAGCGUUCCAGCUGUGCUCUCAUUUUGAACCAAAAAAGCACAUCACUUCACCUAUUGGUGGAACAGCUCGGUGUGCACGAUGUUACAGGCUAACUCAUCGUGGUGCUGUACAUGUAACAUUGCUCUAAGGGUGCAUAAUAAAGUAAAGGUGACUAUUGGCCAGGGAAACAAGAGAGCACCCUUUAGUGUGUGUUCAGACAGAACCAUCAUCAGGUUUUAUAUUUUAUUGAAAAUAUGUUUUAUUUGGGUUUUUUUUUAUAGUAAACAUCACUGGAAAGGGAUUAAAUAAAAUAAAAACCCUCGUUAAUAAUAAUUUUCUUGCAGUCCCGACAUUGUAUAGAUUGUAGUCUGCAUUAUUUUCCUGACUGCGAAAUGCAUUUAAACAGAUAUCUGCAAAUGAAGGCAGACGAAGGGAAAAGAUUUCUGUUGGUGGUCCAUCUGUAGUCUGAGUAGUGUUGACCAAUCACAUUUGUGCAGGCUUCAGCAGGCGAACAGACAAGUAUGGAGAGCAGAAGAGAUGGAACACAUUAGCCAAUAUGCAUACCUGGAACCUGUCGGCUAUUGUGUGACGAUUUAGAUUAAGAUUGAUUUAUCAGCAUUCAUAUAUCUGAUAUUUGUCUAUGCAGAUUAGUCAAAAUGUCGUGUUGUGUUCAUUCUCACUUCUGGAGAUGCUAAUUGGACUGUAAACAAUGAGCGGUGCACGGAAGAGGACGUCUUGGCCUGGAUAGAUGCUGGCUGUGUUUAAAAGCCUGGAACAUUGGCCGUUUCUCCCAGAGGCUCAAUCAUCUUCAAGCGAUAGCCGACAGGUUCCUGGAUUAAAUCGUCAUCCUUUAUUUUGGCAGUUACCUCAAACGAUAAAACAACAGUUCACUGAAAUCGGUUGAAGACAAAGCAACCCAAAGCAGCUUUGGAGCAUAUACAGUACUUGUUUAUUUUGUUGUUCUCUUAUGUGUCUUCUGUGAUAUAGUUUUUUUUUUUUUUUUGCCAGUGCUGGUACAGACA